AUGGAUAGCUCUUUGGAGCAAAAUAUUGAGACAGUUAUCUUUUCACUUCUCGAAAUAAAGAAGAAAAUAAAAGAAGCACCAAAAGAAUCACCGUGUCAUGAUUGUAAUAAACUAAAAGAAAAUUGUAAAAGUGCUUUUAAAAAAUAUAGCAAAG